AUUUUGUAACAGCACUGUGCAACUUAUUGAUGUCCAUCGUAUGUUACAGUACUUCUGCACUUGUUACCAUGUAUCGUCAGCGUGCACGGACAGCGUGCGCCACCGUCACGAGCGCUUCGUGGAAUACCCAUCAGGAUACCAUAUGGUGACCUUGCAGUUGAAAUAGCGUAGCCUUGUUCUCCUUUUAUGCUUGUUUCUCCCGAACGGCUUGCAAGUGAUAGCCGCUGCAGCCGGUUUCCUCGCAGUCUUAAGAACUAACUAAGCGCUAGUAGCACGCGUAUGUUGUUAUCGAACGCGGUGUGCCUCCAUGAGUGGUGGUAGGAUGCGUUAAGACGGGUCAUGCAAAACUUUGGUUAGUCUACCCACCGCGCUUGUUAUCUGGACUAUGAAUUGAGAGUACUAGCAGCGUACCUAUGAACCAGCCCUCGACGACCUUUGGCGGAGGACAGCGGCAAGGAACGUGAUGGAACCAGUCGAUGGGUGCAGGACGCAAAAUGUGGUCACUGACUCAGGACCAUUUGGAAGUGAGCUAAGCGGUGCUUGUAAUGCGGCCCUGGCGACGAUGGAUUCGGCAACUACACCGGAGGAUUGCUACCUAAACUUGCAGUAUGCAAGGCAUCAGCCGCAGCAGCCCGCCAAUGUACCGCUCAACAUCACGCUCUCAUACCUGCCUGUGGCAAGCAAAGGUUGCCCACUCUCCUGCGGCAACCUUGUCUGGACGAGCCAUCCAUCGCCAUCCCAGCCCCCACCCCUGCGCGUUCCGCGUGGCUUCAUAUGCCCUAUCGAGGGAACCGUCAUGCGCGAUCCGGUCAACCUUAUCGCCCUUUCGGCGUCGGCCGCCACACCAACAGCCUUAGAAGCCGGGGGCCCUGAAGCUGCCCUAACGGGGCCUGCAGGCCUGCCAUGGGGGCUGUCGUACGAGAGAGCCGCUGUAAGCAGGUGGCUGUCGAGUCGACCAACGAUAGCAGGACCCCCUCACCAGCUCCCUCUCCCUAAGCGCCCGCAGCAGCAGCUGCUACAACAGCCGCGGGAGCUGUCCCAGCCCCCAGCUCCCGCACAGCCCGGGUUCAAAGUCGUCCCAAACGUGCCGCUGCGGCUCGCCAUUCAGGAGUGGCUGCGACUGCAGGAGCUAGAUCACAGCGCCGCAGACCAGCUGCUGCUGCUGGAGGCGGAGGCCGAAGCUGAGGCGGACGCGGAGGCCGAAGCUGAGGCGGAGGCGAAGGCUAAGGAAGAACGAGGUAACUUGGACGCAGCUUCAGCUGACAUUGCUGACAAGGGCGGAAGGGACGCUGGUGCCGAAGCGAUGCACGACCAGGCGAGGGAGCGUGUCAGAGCGGGGACGGGAGCCGCAACCGCGGUAAGGAAAACGGGACUGCAUGCAACAGCAGCAGCAGUGCCCUUAGCGGAAGCGCGAUGUCCAGCAGCAGUAGCAGCAGCAACAACAACAUCGGCGAUGGCAACAACGAGCAGUGGCAUGACGGCGCCUGUCGGGAGCUCCCCCUUGUACGUCUCCCACAGUAGCAGCAGCGCACCGCUUGUAGCUGCCUUCCCCCCCUCACCUCCUGCUGCUCAGCCUUCCCCCUCAGCCUAUCAGCGUCCCUACCCGCGCUGCUCAGCCGCCGGCUCGCAAGGGAGCAUCCGACCCGCGGGAGCACCCUGGCCCUGGCCGUGGGCCCUAUCCGCCACGGCAGCGGCGGCGGUGGCGACACCCGUCCCCCCUCGCACUCAGCCGCUGUUGUACGUCAGGUCCGGGGCCGCUGCUGCCGCCGCCGGCAGUAGGAACAGCAGCAGCGGGUGCGGUGGAGGUGAGCAUUGAGGACGCGCCGCUGCGGCUCCGUCCUUUGAAGACCGCAGUUGCCUGCCCCAACAUAACGGCACUCGCCGUACUGCCACCGCCGCCGAAUACGACAUACAAACUGCCAUCCCUACACAACCAUGACGCAGCCUAUAGCGGGGGCGUAUGCAUUGGCAGUCCGACAGCGUAUGAAGACGCGGCAAGACAAGGCAUCGCAGUGCAAGCGCUCUUAUCACCACACGGCCAGUCCCUUGAAGAACUGCAUGGGGCCUUCCAACUGCUACGACAGCCCGGCCCGCCGCCGACCCGUGGGUCAGUGGCGGUAAUGCUUACCCGGGACCGCCCGUACCACGUCGUACUGCAGGAGCUGCCGUACUCCUGCGAUGACGGCCAGCAGCAGCAGCAGCAGCGGUGGAACACCCCGGCAGAGACCCCGGCAGGCGCUGCUGGGUUGGGCCGCACAAGCCACAGCUGGAUGAUUCCUGCGGUUCAUGGACGCGUCACCGCAGUCGCCGCCUGCCCCCGAGGCCAGUCUCUGGCCAUCGGGACCUCCGCUGGCCUCGUUUUCCUCUGGCGGCGCUUUCCGUCUGCACCCAGCGCAGAUCCCGACUUGCCGGCAGCCUGCACGCCGCCGCCAGACCUGCAUGCUGGGCAGACCUCUGCCGCCGCCGCCGCCGCUGCUGCUGCGAAUGCGCAGGCGGAAGCCCCCGCAGCCGAAGACGCGUUACCUCGAAGCGGUAGAGGUUCGACCAGCACACAGCCUCCCCGCGCAACCGCAGCGCAUGGGGUCGGCGUGGGGCCGGCAGCGGAUUGGCAGCUGUGCGGCAGGCUGGGCUGGCCGGAGCCGCUG